CACGCGGAGGCAUGUGAAACAGCCUCAUACGCCAAGGCUGGACGAGACACAAGCUUUUCAAGAAGCACUAGCGAUCAGCCCUUUUGUUGUAAACGUACUGGGCACGCCGGGUGAGCGAAAAAACCCUCAAAGUGCUCCUCAGAGUGAGAGGCAGCCGAGGGGCUUCUCGCGCACAGCUGAGCGACGUUUCAAGAGAGCUACCAGCUAGAAAAACGCCGUCGAACCAAUGUUCGCCGCACCACCACCAACGCAAGAACACCAGCCCCAGUCCUGGACCUACGAGCACCGCCACCGCCUCACGGAACGAGUCGCGCGAUUGGACGCCGGGAGUUUACGGAGAGUCCUCGUGUUGGUGUUUGGGGACGCGAACGGCUUCCGACCGCGAGACGAGUUUACGAUCGACUUUGAGGGACUAGAUAGAGCUGUUUGUGAGACGCUCGACGCGUUCCUCGACGACGUGACCAGCGACGCGGCGUAUAAACGAGCAAGAAGGGCCGUCGGGCUACCGGAAGCGGAGCCGCCGGCGCCCGAGUUACCCCCGAGACCGCUCCCACCUCGACCUCGAGGCCUCGACCCGCCCGUCGUCGUGAGGGUGCCGCGGCCGCCCGGCUUCCGACCUGCGUCAUCAAGGCGCUACUCGGACCCGCCGGCACCCUUGCCCGGCCAGAGUCCCGUACAACGACCGACGGCGCCGGCCGUCGCGUCGUUGUCGCCGCCGUCGCGGACGGGCAGCUACUCGCGCGAGGGCGGCCUCGCCUCGGAGAAGCCGCGACACCCGGCGCGGCCCGCGUCCGACGACGAGGCGCCGCCGCCGCCGCCCAUCAUGGAAGAAGAGUCUGAGGAAGACGACAACGAGAGCGACGGCGGCGCCUGGGAGGCGCCGCGCCCGAAGCCUCGCGUCAGACCUCCACCAAAAAUAUCGUAUUCCGGGAGGUUCCCGUGCCCCGCGGGCUGUGGGCGGGCCUUUGACCAUGCGCCGGCGGCGAUAGCGCACGGCAAGACUUGUAAGGACGGUAACGGGACGCCUCCUUUACCCCCGAAACCGGCGCCCCACAAACCGGGCCGCGCGCCGCGCUGGACGGACAAAGAGGACGCCGAACUCGUACAACUGAUGGAUGAAUUGGGCGAGGACUGGGAGAAGAUCGCGGAACGGCUGAAGACGAAUCGAACAGCAUCCGCGGUCGAGCAGCGCUACACCAAAAUUAAGGAGGAAGAGCCCGUCGUCGUAGAAGCGGCACAACGCACCCCAAUGACCUGGAGGUGUGCUUGGUGCGCUUGUUCCGACACGGGGCCGGGCUUCCGGAGGAAACCGGGGCCCGACGGUCCCGCUACGCUGUGUGAUAAAUGCUACCAGCGCAUGCGGCGGGGCGAGACGAAAGAGUCGUGGGGUGAUAGGGGAGAGUACGAUCGGCGGUGGCCCGUUGACAGAAAACGAUCUAAUAGAGCUAAAAGAAGGAACCCGUUGCCUACGGACUCGCCCUUGCAUUCCUCUGAAGAAGACGAGCCGCCACCCCCAAAACCGCCGAAAGUUGACGACGGUCGCGGCGUGGAGCUGCGGGAGAAGUCCGGUGAAUGGAAGUUCUAUAAAUCGCAAAAGGACGCGGCCGAGGCGUUUCCCGGAUUAAUCCAGGGAGAUAUAUCGAGACUGAUCAACAACCCUCGGGAGGUGUCGCGCCACAUCCGGGAGCGCUUCGAAGCGCGGAACGUCGGCCCCAAGACUACAAGGCAGCUGAACCACCCUUCUCAGCCGAAGCCGGUUCCUACCUGCGCGGAAAUCAACCAGUGAAUUGCGUGGACCUUCGUGAGCCUCCACGCCAUCGAGCCGACGCCGAUGGCGUGGAAUCGCCACACCAUCGCGCGGACGCAGCUACGGAAGCACGUCGCGUCGAUGGCAUGGGGCGCCCGAAAUUCGAUUUCCACACAGGUUCCUAAGCCGCGCGGCGCCAAAGUUGUCAAGCGCGACCGGUCGCCCUCACCUGAUCAGAAUGAGAGCGCCGCCUACGCGCCGGACCCGGCGCUAGCCAAGGCCCUGUCGGCUCUGAGCCCGAAGGACACCGACGGCAAGCGCGAAGUGCUAGAAAGGCAUGGCUUCUCGUGCACGAAGAAGGGCGACCGCUGGACUUAUCAAAGAGGUUCUGGGCGUCCGGUACGCUGUCUCGCGACCUUACAGGCCGAACUCGCGGCUCCACCCUCAAAAAAGAUCCGCGUGAAGGAGGACACUGACGUCGUUGUCGUCGAGGGGUCCAUCCGCGACAUCGCUUCAGCUGUGGAUUUAGGUGCCUUACCGGCGAGGUGUAGGGUCCAAGCACCGGAAGCGACAAAAUACAGAAGUUGUUCGGUCUUAGCGCAGGAACGAGGAUUAGCUUCGAGUGUAGGAGGGUGGCACCGGCACCUGGUCUUGUACGACGACAAGCUGUCGCUGCAGUGGGUCGAGUCGACGGGCUCGAGGCCGUGCAAGUGGCGGCGCGGCGACGCUACGAAAAGUGAGCGAGAGCGCGAAGCCGACGUUGCGAGAAAGCUCGGCCCAAAGGCCUGCGACGACAUGAUGGCCUGGUUAUGCUCGCUCGACGUGUCGGACCCGUUGUUGCAUGCGGAUCCGCUCGUACGAAACCUCCUCCCGAAGAAAUGCGAACGGCUGCGAGACUACGGUGUCACUCUGAGGAGAGUCAAGGAACGGCUAGCGGAGCGGGAUUAUGAUGAUGCCUUUGAGUUUUCCGAGGAUAUUAGGAGGGUGCACGAGACUGUAUUGUCGGUGUGUAGCGGUAAGUUACCUCGAUCAUGGGACGAAGAUGCCACUAUAUCAAAAAAUACGGAUAGGGAAACGAUUCUACAUGCGGCGCAGGUCUUCCGGAGCGCCUUUGAGUCGCGAUGGUCUUCCCUCCUCAAGCGGAUUUCCGCAGAAUCAUUAUCAGAAAAAAGAGCCAUAAAUGCUUGGAGGCAGAAACCGAAGCGGGGCAAAGACGCGGCGAACUACGACAAAGGAGCAGGGGCGGUCGGGAAAGUUGUCGAAGUGUACUGGGAGGGCGAGGGCGAGUGGUUCCGAGGACGAUUAACGAGGUAUCGCGACGCCGACGGCAAGCACCGGUGCGACUACGAGGACGGCGAGUCCGAGUGGCUCACGUUAUCCGAGAACUCUGUUAGAUUUCCCGAUGGUGAUGUUGUGUUAUCACCUACACAACAACCAAGGAAGGUCUGCGAGCCUAUUAAUGGUUUUUCCUGCCAGAAGCUCGGGGUGCUCGUCUGGGCGAAGACGGGCAAGUACCCCUGGUGGCCGGCAGAGACCUGUCUUUUGAGUGUAGAUGAAUUAACAAAGCACUUCCCGCCGAAUCCCUUAGGACAGCAGCGCGGCGACGCGAAGGAGACGACGAUGGUUUUGUAUUUCGGAGAUGUCCAAAUGGACGCGGUGGACGCGGACCACGUCGCGCCCUACUCCAUUGCGAAUCCGAGGGAGCGGGAGGUCCCCGCUCCCGGUCUCGGGCCGGCCGUGGACCACUGCCACAAGCGGGCCGAGGAGCUCGAGAUCGAAAUUGACCCCUAGGCGCUCUGGGGGGCCGCUUAACUACUACCACUGACUACUCACAAAUAGCCACCAG